CUCUCCUCUCUCUCCUCCUCCUUCGCCGUCGCCGCCGCCGCCGGCCGCCCGCCGGCUGCCACGACCCCAGUCCCCGGCGGGCGGGCGAAGGAGGCGACCGCCGCGCGCUGCUGCACUCAUCCUGCCGCCGCCGCGAUGCGCAGAGGGGCCGAGCCGCCUGGGGGCCGCCGCCGCCGCCGCGCCGCACCAUGAAGCUCCGCAGCAAGGCGGCGGCGCUGCUCAUGCUCGCGCUGGCCGCGCUGCUGCUGGCGCUGCUGUCCCUGCGCGCUGGCCGCGCUGAGCCCCCAGCGCUGCCCGCGCGCCCCGCGUCCGCCCCGCAGCGCCACCCUGCGCCUGUCCCCGCGCGCUGGCCGGGGCCGGGCGCCCUCCCCGGGGCCAGCCCGGGAGUUCGGAGGCGCCGUCCCCCGCGUCCGCGCCCCCGAGCGGGCCGCCGGGGCGCUGCGAGACUGGAGAAGUUGGCGAGGAGGCCUGGAGAACCCAGGAGUUUCCAAGCUGUGCUGCCACCCGAGCUCUGGAUCCACCUGGCUGUGGUGGCCUGUGGCAAUCGGCUGGAGGAGACGCUGGUCAUGCUCAAAUCAGCUGUGCUUUUUAGCCACAGGAAGAUCCAGUUCCACAUCUUCACUGAAGACUCUCUGAAGCCCGAGUUUGAUAAGCAGUUACGCCAGUGGCCUGACUCAUAUACAAAGAAGUUUGAGCACAGAAUCUACCCCAUCACAUUUUCUGUUGGAAACCCUCAGGAGUGGAAGAAAUUGUUCAAACCCUGUGCUGCCCAGAGACUCUUUCUUCCGGUGAUUUUAAAGGAUGUGGACUCACUUCUCUACGUGGACACCGAUGUCCUCUUUCUGAGACCUGUUGAUGACAUCUGGAAGCUUCUGAGGCUGUUUAAUUCCACCCAGCUUGCAGCCAUGGCCCCUGAGCAUGAAAUCCCCAAGAUUGGCUGGUACAGCCGGUUUGCUAGGCAUCCUUUCUAUGGCUCUGCAGGAGUUAAUUCAGGAGUCAUGUUAAUGAAUUUAACUCGGAUAAGAAGUACCCAGUUCAAGAACAGCAUGAUUCCAACAGGCCUGGCUUGGGAGGACAUGUUGUACCCUCUGUACCAGAAGUACAAGAAUGCCAUCACGUGGGGAGACCAGGAUUUAUUAAAUAUUAUUUUUUAUUUCAACCCAGAGUGUCUCUAUGUAUUCCCCUGCCAGUGGAACUACCGUCCCGAUCACUGCAUGUACGGAAGCAACUGCAGAGAGGCUGAGCAUGAAGGUGUGUCUGUUCUGCAUGGAAACCGAGGCGUCUACCAUGACGAUAAGCAACCAACGUUCAGAGCACUCUAUGAAGCAAUACGGGAUUUUCCCUUUCAAGACAAUCUCUUUCAAUCCAUGUAUUACCCCCUUCAGCUGAAGUUUUUGGAGACUGUGCACACUUUAUGUGGACGAAUCCCGCAAGUUUUUCUGAAGCAAAUUGAGAAAACAAUGAAAAGGGCUUAUGAGAAACACGUCAUCAUCCAUGUUGGCCCGAACCAGAUGCACUGAAUAUUUUGUCUUGUUGCAAGUCAAUUAGGCGUCUUGUGACCAAGGAAAUACUAAUCUCUAAGCUGCCUGGGUCUUUUUGUGUGAAUAUUUAAUGGUGCUCCAUGACUGUUGAGUUUUUAAAACCUCGUUAAAUUUUGCCAAAUCAGUUGCCCCCAAAAGGGAAUAUGCUUUUCCUUAUUUUUUUUUCUAAAAUGCUAUUAUUCUAAGGAAAAAAAAAAGACUAUUACUCAUUUAACAUUGUUUAAGCAGGUUGAGCUAGCUGUGAAAAUAGCUUUUGUGAGCCUUCCAAUUCCUAAACGUCUGAGACCAUUUCAGUGGCACCUGAGGUGUUAUAUUGAUCUAGCAUUCCUGAGACUCUUUCUAUGCAACUGACUCCCCCACACCCGUCUUAUAAAAGUAAUACACACUUGUGAAACAGAGAGACACACUUGUAGAGCAUAUGGGUCAAGGGCUGAACAUCAAGAUUAGAUUAGCCAUAAUCCUAUUGACCAGUGGAAAAGAUUGUUUCCAUUUUAAAGCAGUUCCUUACAACCUUUUUUCUCUACUUUUGCAUUUUCCACUCUAACACACAUCUAAAACAGGUAAUCUCAGUAAAAGCUGGCCUUUUUGCUGAGAUUUUUAUGUGGGAGACUAAAAUAUUAGACGAGAUGAUUAUGCGUACAGAAUUUUAUUUAAAAUACAUCUGAGAAUCAUUCAGAUACUUGGGCAGUGUUAAAGGAUGAAGCAUGUAUCUGGGGGUAUUUCUUCUUUUUCUUUCUUUCUUUUUUUUUUUUUUUUGAGACGGAAUCUCACUCUGUAGCCCAGGCUAGAGUGCAGUGGCAGGAUCUCGGCUCACUGCAGCUUCCACCUCCUGGGUUCAAGUGAUUCUCAUGCCUCAGCCUCCCCAGUAGCUGGGAUUACAAGUGUGCGCCACCACACCCGGCUAAUUUUUGUAUUUUUAGUAGAGACACGGUUUUACCAUGUUGGCCAGGCUGGUCUUGAUCUCUGGAUCUCAAGUGAUCUGCCUGCCUCAGCCUCCCAAAGUGCUGGGAUUACAAGUGUGAGCCACUGCACCCAGCCAAUCUGGGAGUAUUUCUAAAGAAAAAAAUUGUUUCGAUUUGUGGAGGACUAAAUCAUAAUACAUUUCUAUGCAACGAUAGCUUCUGAGAGGAAAUUCAGGAAUGUUUGUGUUCACCACAGACAAAAACAUUUGAUCUGUUAAUCAUCAGUAGCUGUGGUCAUCUCUCUUCCUUAAACUCUUGGGCAAUGGGUGGAAAUCAGAGACUAACUUCAAAUUUAAUGUGUAAAAAACAAAUAGUUCAGCUGCUUCUAUUGGUAAGAAAAUUCAACUUCCUACCAGCCUUAGAAAGGUCUCUUUAAACAAUUUCUUUCCCGCUAGGGUUACUCAGCUGGUCCAUACAGGUUUUAUCACCUCACUGCAAGGAGGAAGUUGAAUAUUCUGUUCCCCACGGGGAUCUGGCUUAAUCCCUAGUUGCUCAUAUAGUUGGUAUCAGCAUAGCAAUAUUUUGCAUAAUGCUUUAUUUUUCUCAAAUGACUAUUGCAUAAAUGAUCUUGAUAUUUGCAACAGCCUAGUGGAUUUGGUAGGGUCCUGAAUCAUCUCUAUAAGGCAAACAAGGAAAUUGUAACACAAAGAAAUAAACAUAUUGAAUAUAAUUGCUAUUCUGUAAGACAUACAGUCUGUGUAAGAUGCAUCUUAUUUACAGAGACAUUUUUGAAAAUUAAAAUAUUAAAUACCUUUUGUUAUAUAGAGACAAUGAUCUGAAAGUAUAAAAAGAAAAAUAUUAUCUUGUUGAUGUAAAUAUGAUAUCCUUAUAUAUAUUAGAAUCCAAUAAGAUAUCAUGGGCGCAAUAUUAGCAAAAAAAAGUCAGUCUUACCCUGAAAAAAAAAUAGAUAUGAAAAUCUCAGCACUACACAGAAAUGUUUAGAUGUCAAUCAGUUUUGGUAUGCAGCAUUAUUAUAGUAGUAACAAAUUUAAAUCUAAAAUUUUAGAGUAAUACUUUCCUUCUGAUCAGUUGCCCUGUGGUUAUUUUUGUUAAGGAAACUACCAUUAUGAUGGGAAACUCUUAUUUUUGCUGUUAUAUUUUGUUUCCUUAUUUCACCACUAGAGGUGACAUCAUUAUUUUGUAACUUUAGUACUAGGCUUUCCAUUUGUGGUAUGGACACAUAUGAUAUGGAGCAAUUUUUGAAUUGUCUUUCACAUAGGGGAAAUUGCAUCUUAUAUACCCAUAAAUUGGGUUUUAGUGAGAGAGCCAGGAUGGAACAUAAUUUCCUAACUUCAUCCCAGUUUCCUUUCUACUUGUUCAGAAUGGCCAGUGAAACACACAAAUGGCACUCAGAUUUGUUGAUGGCUCACCAACUCAAAGAGGUUCCUUCCCUCCUUUGAUAAGUCCCACAAAAACAUCUACUGUAAAGACUUGAAAUACAAUGCGUUUCUUUUUUAUGAGAGCCAAGUUUACCCACAACUCUCAAAUACCAGUACUGGUCUGACUGUGCAGAAAAGGGUUGCCCGCAAAGGUCAAUGAUAUCACCCUAGAACAUUCUAGAAUGAUGAAUUUUGAGAAUGUGAAACCUUAGAACCUCGUGCGGUUGUCUGCCUUGGAAUUCCUGUGCUGUAUCCCGAAAUUUUAGCUGAAUUUGGCAGAGAAUUUAGAGAAAAUUUGCUUUUCUAAUCCUUGCUGCCUGAAAGUGCUAAUUAUUUUCCAUAGCUAGGAUAUUACCAUGGAGCAAUAUUUUCUCUGCCUUUGAUAACUCCCAGCAAAUUACUACAUUAACCGCCUUUGAAAUCCAGGAGCCACAAAUUUUAAUUCAGUGGCCUGCUAAAACAUGCACUCUCUGGUUUAAAGUUUGCCAAAGGUGGUGCUGCCCCAUAUGCCACAUUGAAUACUGGGAAGGGCCAGGCACGGUGGCUCACGCCUGUAAUCCCGGCACUUUGGGAGGCCGAGGCGGGCGGAUCACGAGGUCAGGAGAUCAAGACCAUCCUUUCGAACACGGUGAAACCCAGUAUCUACUAAAAAUACAAAAAAUUAGCCGGGCGUGGUGGCGCCUGUGGUCCCAGCUACUCGGGAGGCUGAGGCAGGAGAAUGGCGUGAACCCGGGAGGCGGAGCUUGCAGGGAGCCGGAGCUUGCAGGGAGCCGAGAUUGCGCCCCUGCACUCCAGCCUGGGCGACAGAGCGAGACUCCGUCUCAAAAAAAAAAAAAAAAGAAUACUGGGAAGAAGGUGGGCCAGUUCUCUCCUCUCCUCCUGCCCUGCCUUUUCUCUCUUCCCUCUCUUUUCUUCUUUACUCAUUUCUUUUUAAUUUCUGUUUAAUGCAUAUGACUAUGGAGUUCCAUUAAAGAAGGAAAGAGCACUUUCUGAUAGCAAAAGGUGACAGUAUUUUUAUAUGCAUCGAGAUUGAGGUUUUUCAACAGCAGUGUCACUGGAAAUGCUGACAAUAUUUUUCUUGCUGAGUGUUUCUCCAAUAUAAAUCUCAGUAAUCAUGGCUUACAUUGAAAAUUCUAAUAUUUAAACAAUUAACUGGCUAGAAAAGCAAUUUAAGUUUUUCUUCAACUUCCAAAAUGGCAAUUUAGCACUUUGGAUACAAAGCUCCAAGCUUUACUAUUUAUGGGAUAUGUCUAGUUCAUAUUCAGUGCUUCCAUUGCAAAUUAUUGUGACUUUUACCAAAUUUGGUAUUGAAAUGGGUAUUUAUAUGGACUCAGACGUUUGAGAGUAUUUCUUUUAUUUGCAGUUAUGGUGUUCAUGAGCAAAAACAAACAAAUAAACCAAAUCAUACAAAACAUUAUUAUUCACAGUGAUUGAAAACAAAAUAAUGAUCCAAUAACAAAAUAAUCACUCCAGCCCAGCCUGAAAGCAGGACAUUCAUACAAAUUUAGAUUCAUGUAUAAAUAUUAUCUGAUAUUUAUACAUUAUCUGAUAUUUAUACAUAUAAAAGAUAAAUUACAUGUGUUUGAUAAACCAACAUGAACAUUUCAUCACUGAAAUCAGAAAUAUGUUGAGUUCUAUGACAGCACAAAUCAUAUUUCCUUUCUUUCUUUCUUUCUUUUUUCUUUUUUUUUUUUGAGAUGGAGUCUCGCUCUGUCGCCCAGCCUGGAGUGCAGUGGUACGAUCUCGGCUCACUGCAAGCUCCACCUCCCGGGUUCACGCCAUUCUCCUGCCUCAGCCUCCCGAGUAGCUGGGACCACAGGCGCCACCACGCCCAGCUAAUUUUUUGUAUUUUUAGUAGAGAAGGGGUUUCAUCGUGUUAGCCAGGAUGGUCUUGAUCUCCUGACCUCGUGAUCCGCCCGCCUCAGCCUCCCAAAGUGCUGGGAUUACAGGCGUGAGCCACUGCGCCCGGCCUCUUCUCUUUCUUUUUUUCUUUCUUUCUUACUCUUGCUCUCUCGCUCUCUCUUGCUCUCUCUCUCUUUCUCUCUUUCCCUCCCUCCCUCCCUCCCUCUCUCUCUCUCUCUCUUUCUUUCUUUCUUAAGCAAGCUAACACAGGACACAUUCUCUCUCUUUUUUUUUGAGAUGGAGUCUCCGUCUGUCACCUAGGCUAGAGUGCAGUGGCACAAUCUCAGCUCACUGCAGCCUCCGCCUCCCAGGUUCAAACGAUUCUCAUGCCUCAGGCUUCCGAGUAGCUGGGACUACAGGUGUGCACCACCAUGCCCAGCUAAUUUUUGAAUGUUUAGUAGAGAUGGGAUUUCACCAUGUUGGCCAGGCUGGUCUCAAACUCCUGAGCUCAAGUGAUCCACCUGCCUGGGCCUCCCAAAGUGCUGGGAUUACAGGCAUGAGCCACUGUGCCCAGCUGACAUAUUCUCACUUAAUAGAAUUAUAGAGAAAUUUUUCAUGUUUUUCUUUUUCUCUCCCACUUUUUCAUAUUCCUCUUUUUCCUUUUUGCCUUUCCGUUUCUGUCUAUGAUGUAAGCUUCUGAGGAGAACCAAGAAGCUUGGCUUUAGUGGUAGAAUGACAGAACUUAGGGAUCCCUUGCAGGCUAGAACGAAGUUCUAACCCUUAGACCAAAUCUUUAUGUUAAGAGUUUUCCAGAAUUCAAAAAAAAAAAAAUCAAUCAACACAACACACACACACACA